AUGAAGGUUCUAGCUGUACUGUGGACAAUAUGUCUAAUGGGACUCUGCCACUGUGGAGGUGAUGGCAAGGUAGACUCAUCACUCUUCGAUCUUGAAGAAGAUGAGGAAAAUGGUGUCCCAGUUAUCAAACUGACUGUAAAGAAUGGUGGUACAACCAAGAAGGUACAGUAUGAUGGGAAAGACGUUUGGUCAGCUCGAACAUUCGGCUCCCCUUGCUCUUCUGCAGUGCUGUAUAUGGGCCAAGAUAGACCUACCUUGGCCGUUAUAAAGAAAAAGGACUCAACCACAUACAAAUACUAUAAUGGUAAACACUGGCAGAAAUGUAAUCUGUAUUGGCAUAAAAAUAAACUUGAGGCUCUAAAGGAGAGAUGUAAUCCUACUACUCCUAUUACCCUUGAUUUUUCUAAUCUAUAUGAAACAAAAGUAACCGUACACACUAAGGACGGUGAUGACUUUGAGCACAAGCUAUAUCUUCCAAAGAAUGGUAGUAAUGUGAGAUCUAUUGUUGAUGCCGGAGUUCCUGUUUGGGAGGCUAAGGAGAUUGAUCAUAAGUGUUGCUUCGCUAGGUCUUUUAAAAAGGGAGAUCAUACGCUCCUUGUCAUGACUGUAAGGAAUGACUAUGGUCACACCGAUCAAUAUUUUGAGAAAGUUGGUGAAACAUGGAAUGAGGUCGAUGAAAAAGGAUUUGAUGAUAAGUUUAUACCACUGAUGGGAGGAUCUGUAACAUAUGGUACUCUUGAUCUUGCCAGUCCAGAUGAAUCUAGGAUAGUUACUAGGAUAGAGGAAAAAAAUGGAGUAUGGAAACAUAUGUAUGGAAUGGGUGAUUGCCUUGUUACUUCUGUUGUUGAUGGCGGGGCUUUGAUUUGGACAUCUUCUGGAAAUGAGAAAUGCACACUUGCAGAAGUAUCAUCAAAGGGUGGAUUUUCACUAGCUAUGAUUUAUAUUCCCACUAGUUGGAGUCUGAGGAAUGAGUGUUUUGAAAGGAAUGCCGAUGGUGAAUGGACUCCCAUUGAUAAGGAAGAGUAUAAGAGUAAGCUACAGGAUAUGAAAAAUGGAGCGACAAGGCAGUCUACCAAAGAAUCUUCUAAAGCUCCUAAGAAUCUUACUGUUCGAAGCUAA